AUGGGUAUAUGGGUAUGCGGUGAUCUCUCAUCAGGCAUACACUUUGGGGUGUAUACAUGUGAAGGAUGCAAAGGAUUCUUCAGAAGAAGUUUAAAAGACAGUUCAUUUUAUCAUUGUCACUGUAACAAAGAUCAACCUUGUGAAAUUACUCUGUUGACCAGGAAUGUCUGUCGGUAUUGUAGAUUUGACAAGUGUCUUAGCGUUGGAAUGUCAAGAGAUGGAAUCAAACUUGGAAGACACCUCAAAAUUCUGGACAAGGCCAGUGAUGAAUUUGAAAAUAAGAAAGAUAUUCCAUGGAAAUGUGCGGGAUUACUUAAACCAGUGAUAAAUCAUACUAGGUUGAACCAGUCGGGACAUCUGACCAUUGAUCCAAUCACAGUCAAUGCAGUAUUCCAGAAAAAAAACAGUGACGAUAUUGACCAUGGAAAAUCACCUUCUGAGACUAGUAAAACAUUGUCAGCUGUAGGCUUAGAGAAUGUCAAUGUGUUGGAAAAUAAUGGCAGUGGUUCAACCGAGUCAGUGAAUGAUGGCAUCGGUCUCAACAAGUCUGUAAUCGAAAACUUAUCAGAAGAUGAUGGUGUACUUAGCAUGUCUAAUAUUGAAAAGUCAGGACAGGAUAGCCAUUGUACAGACUCUGUAAUCUGUAGCACUGCUAAUAGUGUUUUAAGUGAACUAGUUGAUUCUCCAAUGAUUAGUCAGCCUGGUUCAUGUCUAGAAAGUUGUCAAAAUGAAGACAUACCUGGUUCAUGUCUAGAAAGUUGUCAAAAUGAAGACAUAGUAAACAACCUGAUGCAGAAUAAAAGUGUGCAAAUUAGGAAAAGUGAUAUAUCUGACAAAGUUUGCAAUAUUGUUGACAAAGAUGAAGUAAAAUCCAUCGUAUCUCCAAGCAGUACGUACUCAUCCAAGGUCGCAUCAGCACUGAACAGAAAUCAAUCAAGUACUUGGAGAACCUUGAGUGAAAAUAAAGAGUUUUCACAGAACAUGGUUGUGCCUAGUAAAUCUAAUACAGAAAAUCUAGUCAAAUCUCUGAUGAAUAUCGAACAAAAAACAUCAAUAUCUGGACUUAAUACAGUGCUACAGCGAACACAUUCUAGGGAUGAAGAAGAGAGUGUUAAGUCUCUCUCGGCAGUAUCAUCGCGCACUGACUCACAGUGUACACCAUCAGGUGAACAUGAGAGUAAAAAAAUGAAGGGAAUCUCUAAGGACAUUGAUAAGAUUACAGAAGAACUAAUACAAGAGACUCAAGCAUUGAUAUCAAAGACUACCCCACCGACUCAAGACCUUUUGGGUGUUACUGCUAAUCAAAUGCAAAUAAAAUGUGAACCUAAACCUAGUCCGGUAGAAGUGACUAAACAGAAAAGGACAACUUUUGAACAAGAGCAGUUUAUGUUUGAAAUGGCAAGAGCCUAUGAUAGAGUAACACUGGUCUUCUCAACGUAUGCUAAUUCGCCCACAUUUUGCAAAGCAGCCCAAAAGGAAGUUGUAAAUUAUCCAUUCAAAUCUUAUUUGCGGUCGCUUCAACUGAAGGAAGUUGAUGGGGUUAUUGAUAAGUUGCUUGUACGAAUCUUGUUUACGGCCAAUCUUAAAUCAAAUCCAGAUAUAUUCUUUGAAGCUGAGUGGCUGCUAAUGAAAGAACAAAUUGUGGGGCACAUAACUGCUAUUAUUAACUUUGCCAAGAGAAUUCCAGGUUUUCGUCAGAUUGUUGAGGAUGACCAGGUGGCCCUAAUGAAGAUGGGUACCUUUCCUUGUGUAUUGGCACGCUUUGCACAGAAUUAUAACACUGAAUACUUAAGGUUUGAAGAUACAUUUCUCACUGUGUCUUAUCUCAAAGUGUUGGUUGGAGGCAUCUGUGAAAUUAAAGCAUUUGCUAAGACGUUUCAGCAAUACCAUCUUGACCGAAUAGAAAUGGCAUUAUUUCUUGCGAUUAUUAUUUUAAAUCCUGAAUUGCCAUGUUUGAAUAAUUCUCAAGCAGUGUUGAACUUGAAUGUUCUUGUGAUGGACACUUUAAAAGCUUACUGUCUUGAAAAAUGUAAUACUGGUAUGACAUGUUUGUAUGAAACUCUACAAGCUACUGUUGUGGAACUGAAAGACAUUGCACAAAAACACCAAAAGAAUUUUCAAAUGGCUCGCAUUGAAAUAGAUUUGCCAGCUCUACUAGUAGAAAUACAUAUGUCAUAA